AUGUCCGAGCCCACCAUUCCAUUUUCUCCUAACAAAGUCGACUUCAUCGACACUCCUCCUACCUCUCCACGUGACCAUGAAGCCAUUAUGUCAAGUCCAUCUCCCCUCGUUAUUCGAACCUCGAGCCCCGAGAAGUUCAAGAGGAAAGUGGCGUCGGUAUUUGCGUCGCUUUAUGACGAAGAGCCUACUCCCAAGUGCAAGACCAAGCCUAAGAAGGUGAUCAAACUUGCUUCCCCAUUAUGGAAAGAUACCGCUUCUCAAGUUGUUACUGGAAAUGAACCGGAAGUUGAAGAGAACAAGGAGACAAUUGAAAAGCCAGGAGUUGAUCGCAUCGAAGUGGUCGACGGAGAUCCCGCAAAGGAAUUGUCUCCAUCGGUGGACUCAACAGACAUCGAAUCGCCCGGGAAAGCCGCGGAGGAGCUAUCAUCAAUGGCUUUUGCACAACCAGAACUCACUGAAGCAAUGAUAUCCUCUUCAAUCAAUCCUGAUACGGCUCCUACAGUCUCAGUUGAUCCAAUCGAAGCCAUCCAUAGCGCUAGCUGCCCUGCUGUGACUGAAGCCUCUCAAAUGGAAUAUGUACCUAGCACCAUCGAAGGAGACGUCGAAAAGUUUAAAAUUCGUCACGAGUGGACUGGAACAUGUGACUUUGAUCUCAUCACUGAGAAAUCCAUCGAACUUCAGAAGAAGAAUCAACUCGACGGUCUCAUUCUCUACCGCAAGGCACUUAUUCAUGACAUGACUAUUGCGCCUCAUGAUCCCUUGAUUUACAUUCGUCUUGUCAACCUUGACGCCAACCUUGCCUUCAAGGACACCUCGUCCCAUUAUGCGUAUCGCGCUCUUAUUCUUAUCAAGGCUGGUCUUCAAACCAUCACUCCUCAACAAUCUGAGCUCUCCCGCUUAGUAUAUACCGCUGUUGCGACUCGGCUUUACACGAGCUCGACAGUAAUUAUUAUUGACGAACUACAAUCGAUGUGUCUUCAGGCUUAUCGUUGUCUGGUCCAAGGUCUACUGCAUUGUGCGGCAUUUUGGGAUGGCUUGACGGUGGUCAAACUUGGUCUGGAGGAUUUUCCUGACGAUUAUGAAUUACUUGAUCUUCAAGAUUUAUUGUUGGGAUCUUUCCAGAAUAGACAUGAAGAAAUAGUGGAAGACGCCAAGAAUGGGUCAGUUGACAACAUCAUUGCAAGUAGUAGACCAGGAUCGAUUUACCAGAAAAAAUACCCGUGGAUGGCUCCAAAGCUUUUUGUCCGAACACCCCGUUUGGUCAGACAAGUCAACUCUACAUUUGGUGUUCUCAACGCAGAAGUCCGACCUGUGGUCUUCGGAUCUCCAGGUAUAGCAUCAAAAUCUAAAUCGCUUUCUGAUUUUCCUAAGAACGCAGAUGUUGGACCUCUAGGUAUUUUCGCCACACGCGACAUCGAGGAAGGAGAAUCCAUUCUAGUCGAUAAGUCAUACGCAUGUGUCUCCAAUAUCCCACCUUCGACUGGACAAUUCUGUGACGCAUGUCAUGCUCACCUCGCUCCCCCUUUCGUACAACCAGCUCAGAUCUGUCGACCAUCAUGCGGAUGUGACAUAUCGUUCUGCUCCAGAGGCUGUCAUGAUCUUGCCAUCGGGGGUUAUCAUAAGAUUCAGUGUGGUAUCGAUCUCACCUGGCUCUACAAAACUGGCGCGUCUCGAACUGAAUGGGACCCUAGGAUGUUUUUACGCGUAAUGUGUAUCGUUCUAAGCACACCUGGCUGGUCAAAAGAUUCGACCCCUCAGAAGAACCCUUUGCAACACCCGCUGCUGGCGAGGUUGACAGCUAAUUACGCCAGUGAUGACGAACAAGUUGUUCGUGGCCAAAAUUGGUCCUACCAGGAGAACAUAGUCGCACCUACCCGCAUUCUAAGUGAUCUCGGCAUUGAUAUUUUUUCUCCAGUCAAGAAGAUACACGAAGGCAAAAUCAAGCUUCUGGCCAACAUCUGGACUCCGGAGCUAAUCCAGACCAUAUACUGGCGCAUGCUUAACAACGCUAAUAAUAGCAAAAUUGACAUUUCUGGCCUCCAACUAGAUGAAUCAUUCCGUUCCACUCGUACGCCCAACUCGGGACCUACAAUGGUGCACUUGAUCGUAAUCAGUCCUAACUAUUCGUUCUUCAACCAUAGUUGCAGAUACAACGUGAUGUGGAAUGGUACAUGUUUAAACGGAGCUCAGGACAUAUCGGCACUCCUAGCUGGAGACGGACCAAACCAGGAGGUGCUUAAACCUGGAAGUAGUAGCGUGAGUUGCAGAGCCAUCAGAGAUAUUAAAGCAGGUGAAGAGUUGACGAUUAGUUAUGUGGGUGACCCUAUGGGCGGUUACAGCCCUGAGGAGAUCGAAAAACACCCCAAAUUAGCCAUUGGACAAACAGAAGAUGGGGCCAUGAGUCAUAAAAGAAUGAUUACUCGUAUUAAUUUGAUGAAGUGGUUCAGCAAUGCUGGAUGUGGCUGUGGACAAUGUGCCGAGGAAAAUGAUUCGGGAAGAAUGCGAACGAUGAUCAGGGUUGCAUGA